GUUUGAGUAUACACACAAGAAACAGACGGGCGGAGCAGGCCAGUAUGGCAAAGUCAUAGGCGUUCUGGAGCCCCUGGAUCCCGAGGACUACACAAAAUUGGAGUUUGAAGACAGAACCGUUGGCACAAAUAUUCCAAAACAAUUUGUGCCUGCUGUUGAAAAGGGAUUCCGAGAAGCAUGUGAAAAAGGUCCUGCAUCAGGGCACAAGAUCUCUGGAGUCCGGUUUGUCCUAGAUGAUGGUGCACAUCACAUGGUGGACUCUAGUGAAAUCGCUUUCAUCAGAGCAGGAGAAGGAGCCCUAAAGCAAGCUAUGGAAAAUGCCACUGUGCGUAUACUUGAGCCCAUUAUGUCAGUGGAGGUGAUGGCACCCACUGAAUUCCAAGGAGUGGUGAUAGCAGGAAUUAAUCGCCGUCACGGAGUGAUCACAGGACAAGACGGCACAGAGGGUUACUUUACUCUCUAUGCUGAGGUGCCACUGAAUGCUAUGUUUGGAUACGCCACUGAGCUGAGGUCUUGCACAGAGGGAAAGGGUGAAUAUACGAUGGAAUACUGUAAAUAUCAACCAUGUUCGCCCAGCACUCAAGAAGAAAUAAUUAACAAAUACCUCGAAGCAACAGGACGACUUCCUGCAAAGAAGGGCAAAGCCAAGAGCUGACAUUUUUUCCUCUUGAGUGCAUUGAACAGUUUUUCACAAUCUUCUCUAAAAGCUCGGUUGCCCAAGUGGUAGAAGCAAUCAAGGCUGGCUGGAUAAGUGCAGGCUGCAGUGGGACUAGGGCUGGUAAUUUCAUCAUAAUAUCCUUCCUUUGUGGUAUUCUCAGCAGCCACCGGGAGAUUACAAACGGAAUUGUUCACAUGUAAAUGCUACUCAUUAACAAAAUAUAUCAAUGUUAAAACAC